AUGGAGACUGGGGGGAGGGGGAGGUUGGCCGGGGCUUUUCGGCUUUUCCUCCCUGUUUGGUCUAGCCAAAGACCCAACCUGGGGUACCCUCCGCUCAGGUUAAGAAGCCAGGGAAUUGGGGAAUCUCUCCGGACCACCUUAAAAAAGAAAGGGAGAAACGGGUGGGGGCCUGAGGUGGUGAGCGGGGGGUGGGAAAAAAAACUGGAGCCCGCCCCCCUCCCCGCCGCAGAGCCAGCCUCCGCUUCACUUCCUGACUUUCAAAGCUUGUCUUCCCUCCUGCCUUUCAACAUGGCCGGCCCAAGCGCCAGGGAGGCCCGGGGGCCUGGGGCCCCAAGCUUCGUGGCCGUUGCCGUGGCCGUGGCCAUGGCCAUGGCGCUGACCGGGCCCUCUCAGGCGGCUGCGGCGGCAGCAGGGCAGGAGGAGCAGAGCCGGGUCCGAGCUAUGACCUCCUCCAACUGGACCCUGGUGCUGGAGGGGGAGUGGAUGCUGAAAUUCUAUGCUCCAUGGUGUCCAGCCUGCCUGCAGACUGAAUCAGAAUGGGAGACUUUUGCCAAAAAUGGUGAAAUACUUGAUGUCAGUGUGGGAAAGGUGGAUGUCACUCAAGAACCAGGUUUGAGUGGCCGAUUCUUUGUCACUACACUUCCAACUAUUUUCCAUGCGAAGGAUGGAAUAUUUCGCCGAUACCGUGGCCCAGGGAUCUCCAAAGACCUUCAGGAUUACAUCUUACAGAAGAAGUGGAAAGCAGUUGAGCCUGUGGCUGGAUGGAAAUCCCCAUCUUCUAUAACAAUGUCUGGAAUGGCUGGGCUUUUCAGCUUAUCGGGCUGGAUACGGCAACUUCACAACUAUUUCACAGGGACUCUUGGAAUUCCAGUUUGGGGUUCAUAUUUCAUCUUUGUUGUAGCCACACUAAUGAUUGGCCUCAUCCUUGGUCUGAUACUGGUUUUACUUGCAGACUGCUUUUGUCCACCUAAACCAAGAGAUGGAACAGAUCAGUCUGAGUUGAUUGAAAAGGAGAAGGAAGCUCUUAUAGUUGAAGAUCUAGGAAUUUCAGAAGGAAAGAAAGACCUUUCAGAUGAAGAGGAAGAGAAAGAUGACCUUUCAGAGGCAGAAGAAGACAAAGAAGACCUUUCAGAACGAGAAGAGGAAAGAACCAAUUCAAACGAUGAGACCUCUGAAGAGGACUCUGCAGUGGAUGAAGGAUCAGCAACUGAAGAUGCAGGGAACGUCCCAGACCAACAGUUGACUGAUACGGAGGCUGAAAGCUCAGUGAGGCAGCGCAAAAGUCAUGUUGCUGAUGGGGAGCAGUAAUUUUUUGUGAAGGUAUUUCCAGCAAACUGGACCAAAGAAAUGUAUCAAUUGCCCUUCUGGUCUACAGUGGAAGCCAAAUUCUUAAUCUGUCUUGCAUGAGCCAGCUUCUCUCUUAAAAGCUUAUACAUAACAAACAUUUAGUCCUAAAAGACAGUAACCAUCAUGUAGUAAUGAGAAUCUUUUAGGCAUGACAAUCAAAAUCAAAAAUAUGACCUAUUAUUCUGCUUGGAGAUUUGUGAUAUGAAAGUCUGUGGGGUUAGGAAAUUCUGGUUUAAUAGGUGGCCAUCACUUCUUUUUAAUAUCCUCUAGAAAUAUUGCUCUAAGCCACGUGAGAUGAAAGCAUACUUGACUUCACACAUCAGCAAUAACAAAAUGUGCCCUAAGAAUUGUAGCAGAAGUCUCACUUCCUUAUUUGGUCUUGAGUAUUUUUGUCGAACCGUAUGGAAAACAACAGGCAAUGCAGUCAGUCAAUAGGUAUUCAUUGAGAUGGAAACUGAGAGGCCCCUGAAUGUUAUCCUAGUAAAGGAACUGUGGGUAUGGCGGUUUAACUCUCAUCACUGCUCACUGAAGCUCCUUCAUUAUGCUCCAUUUUCUACUUCUUAUUUUUCCUUCUCAAUGUUUCUUUUGAAAAUAUACUGAGUGCACUGUGACAACAGGGACGGGCCAAAGACUGGGCUUGCUACAUGCCACACCAGCUAUGCAGAGGAGCAGCAUCCAAGUUAAUGUGACAUCAGCCCAGCUUAUUAUGACUUCAGGGGGCUUAGAUCAUCAGAAACCACAGGCAAUGAAAUAUUGACGAGCAAACGCUGAAAAUGACUUGUAACCUUCAGAGAUUCAGAAGGAAGUGGUCAUUUAGCAGGAGGAGAACUUUUUUUUUUUUUUUGGCCCGAAAGCCAAUCUUCCUGCCCACCCCCUUUCAAAUAUUUCAUUGAGAAGUCUUCUUUUUGAAGCCAGUAAAUCCUCUUAGUCCUGCCAAUACAAGCAAGUCGUGUGCAGAGAACUGCAGUAUGAUUCUAGAGCAGCUCCCUGGCUCCAUCUGAGCUACUUUAGUAAUCAUAACAACUAAAAAGCCACUUAUGGUUUCCUUUUUAGUAAACUGACCGACUGGUGAAAGAAUGAGUGAAAAUCUAGAGCAGGAAAUGAGAGAAAUGGGUUUCUUCUCUUCCCACCUACCCCCCAACUCUCUUUAAUCCUACAAAGAAAUGCAUCUUUGUAAAUUUCUCAAUACUUGACUUAUUAAAACUGCCCAGGGGUUUAGUUUCUUUAAAAAAGAAGUCUUUUUACUUGAUUUAUUUUUUAGAAAUAGAAAAAAUCAGAACCAAGUUGUACAUAGAUUCUCAAAGUAGGACCUAUCCCCACCCCCAAACCCCUUUUUUUUAGAUGCACUAGAGUGCAUAAGGAAAGGAGCAGAAUUUUAUAAAAUCCAUUAAUUAUUUUGUCAUCUUUAAAAAUGAAUUAGAUACACAUUUGGCUAUUCAGAUUGCACUCAUUAGGUGAGCUGAGAACAAAGAAAUUAGUGUGGGAUUGUGAGAAUCUCUGCCCUCUUAUGGUUGAAUGAAGUAUUACAGGACUUGCACAAAACUAGUUUUUAUUGUUAAAAAAUAAAUAAAAUCUGAAGCUGGGAUUAGUUUACAUCUUUUAAAGUUAGUCAGGUUUUGUUGUUGUUUGUAAUCUCCCCUUCCUCCCUACCUGGGGGACAGAGUAUGGGGUGGCAGAGGGGGAAGUGGGGGUAGAAGAAAGAUAAUGAUUAAAAAGAAAGGAUUUAUUCGAAGAAUUUGUAGGGUUUAUUUUAAGCUCCUACAGCCCCAUGGUUUUUAGGGUGUUUAUUUUAUGGUUUUGCUGUUGCAGGGUAGAUAUAGAAACAAACUCUUUCAAGGGAAUAGGAAACACAUUUUAGUGGCUUCCAUACAUUUUAAAGAGGAAUUAAGGCAGUUAAAUGUUAUAUAUCCAUGUUUAUGUGUGACUAAACAUUUGUAUCCUAGGUAGUGAGCAUUUGCUGAGGGUCAGAGUACAUGGAUCACAGGUUUACUUCUUUUAUGGAAUUUUCAUAUAUUCCUUCUACUUAUUUCAAUGGCCCAGAAAGUAUCAUGUACCCAGCAGGCACUUGAUUCAUCUUACGUGAUUUUGAUCAUCAGUUGCAUCUAUUUAAUAUUAAUGUUGUACUAGGUACUUGAUAUAUCCCAGAAAAGAGACUUGAUCCUUACUCCCCAAUGAUUUAAAAUCUAGGGAAAGGUAAAAUUUGGUACUUUAGCCCUUUUGUUCUUGAGAGCUAUAUAGUCUUAGGAGCUUUCAGAAAUCUCAAAGCUGUUGGACCUUCACUCCAUCCAUCUCCUGUUUUUUUUUUUUUUUUUCUGGCAGAACUACUAUUCAUCUCUCCUUAAAGGAGAUAACAUUUUCCCAGUUACUGUGUCUACCCAAUACCAAUAGCCUUUCUAAUUAAUUAAAAUAAAUUUGGCCCAUAGAAAGAGCCCUAGAUUUGGGAUUGAAUUCUGGAUUUUCUACAAGCUACCCCAGUGCCCUUUAGCAAAUUACGUCAUCUAUAUGGGCCAUAUAGUCCUCAUUUAUAAAAUGAAAGAGUGGAUGGAGUAGAUAAUAUCCAGAGUAAAUUAUCCAGGACCGUUUUCACUCUAUAUCUGUAAUCCUAUAGUUUCUAAAGUACUUGUGUUGUGAUUGUUGUUUAGUCAUUUUAGUUGUGUCUGACUCUUUGUGAUGAUAUAAAAUGCAUUUUGAUAUGAUAGCUAAGUGAUAGAGUAAUUGUGUUUUUGGAGUGGGGGAAUAUAGUCCUUUAAAGUGGUGACUGGAUAAAACAAAUAGUUCUUUGGAGAUCCCCAAGUCAUCUUUCUACUGUAUUAUUUCAGAUUUUCAUAGUUUAAACCUGGGUUUAUGGAUAAACCACUCCUCCCCUUGUAUCUCUAUUUGAAAGUGAAAUAGGACUUCCCCUACCCUCACCUCAAGCUUUAAAGAAAGAUCGGAGGGUGAGCAUCAUUCUAGCAUGGAAGUCUUGCAGUGCAAUCUUUGCUUAUUUCCAGUUCAUUUGAUCACCAUUUACUUAUAGGUCACCUAAAUUAUGUAAAGAAAUGAAAAAUAAAUGUUAUAUUAUGUUGAAAUUGUAGUUUCAAAAGGGUUGGUUGACUUUCAAAGAACAAUUCUGAAUUAUUUGCUAGCAAAGAAACCUUGUUGAUUUUUAUAGUAUUUCUGUGUGUGUUCUGUGAAAUUGCUUAUGCUCCAGCCCACCACUUAAUUGCACGGGGUGGGGGUGGGGUUGUUUUGUGUUAAAUAUCUGACAUUUUAUGAGUCAGUCUUUGAGUAGUAAACAAACUGUUUUAAGUGAUGGGGGAAGGGAUUACUGAAAGGGGUAGGAGAUAGUAAAGACUGGGCAAGAUAAGUUAAAUACAUGAUUUGUUUGUUGGAUGGAUGAUUAUGUCAUAAGAAGACAAAUCAGGGUAGAGAGGGAAAAGACGUAGUAGGUUGGUGCUUUGUUCUAAAAUGGAUAUUUUGUUUCUCUUGGGUGUCUUUCAUCUCAAUACAAUAUUGAAGUGUUAUUUCUAUCAGUAUUAUAGAUGAAUAGUUUAUCCAAUCUGCCGCAUUGCCAAGGUUUUCAAAAAUAUUUGCCUCUAUCUUCUGUGCCAACAGUAAAAUUAUUUUAUUGUUACAUUCUGUUUACCUCAUUCAUGUGUGUUGAUUCACUUGAGAAAACCACAACUUAUUUUGAAAAGUUGAAAUGUAGAAUUAACUUAUUUAAUAUAGUAUUAUUACAUGAUUCAUUGGGAAUUAGCAAUAGGAGAUCUUUGGGAAAAGCACAUCUCUGUUAACAUCAUUAAGCUAAUUACCAGCAUGUGAAAUAUAUAAACUAUAAACUUUUCUCCUAAUUGGCUUACUUACUAUAAAGUUUGAAGUAGAAGGUAACUAAUGUAUGUGAAUCAUGCAGCUUUGACAUUUUUGUAUUGGCUAUAAAUGUUGAAUGAUAUUUAUGUUACAUAGCUUUUUUUCAUUGAAAUGCAAUCUUUUUAUACUAAAGUUCAGCAGACAUGCUAUUGCAUAUUUGUAUUGCAAUACCUUAUAAAUUUAGUAUUUAAACUCUU